GUUAACCGAUGUGGGAAAAAAGGCAAAGAGGAUGAAGAGCUCCAGAAUGCGACACACGUCAGCCAUGUUUAUCAAGAUGCUAUUUUGGUCACAGACAUGUUGAAUAAUAAAUUACUACUAUUUGCUCGAAGUGGACGACCUCGAAAAUCUUUCAUAACAGAGGAAGGCUCAGAACCGUGGGCGUCAGUGGUAACUCCACGUGGCUAUAUUGCUGUCACGUUAAGGCGAAAAAGGAUCGUGGAAAUAUGGUCAGCUCGUGGAGAGACCAUGUUCCAAUUCGGAAUUGACAUUUUUCAGUGCCCAAGCGGAAUUGCAGUGGACAAACAAGGACGAUUUAUUGUUACAGAUGAAGAACUGAACGAUGUUUUUAUAUUUAGUCGUGGUGGUCACUGUAUUCGAUCGUUGGGUGGCGACUUCAAACAACCACGUUACGUUUGCGUAAGCAGCUCUGGCAAAAUUCUAGUAUCGGACUCUGGUAAUCAUUGUGUUAAAGUUUUUGACUCUCAUGGUACGUUUCUUUAUAAAUUUGGUUCUUAUGGUUCCGGAAAUGGUGGUAUGAAGUUUCCGUAUGGUAUCUGCGUCGAUCAGGAUGAAAAUGUGUACGUUGCCGAUCAUUACAAUGACCGCGUGACUCUUUAUAACAUUAAUGGAACAUUCAUUCAGCACCUUGUUACGUCGCAGAAAGGCAUUCGCCGUCCCCGUGGCUUGUCAGUA